ACCCCUGCCCCCCCCGCUGACUCUUGCACUUGUGACUGUGCGGGGAUGCCUUUCCCUGAGACCGCACACACACCGCCUCGCGUGCCCCUCUCUCCCCCGCUGACUCUUGCACUUGUGACUGUGCGGGGAUGCCUUUCCCUGAGACCGCACACACACCGCCUCGCGUGCCCCUCUCUCCCCCGCUGA